GCAAGCCCUUCAAAGCCUCUGCUCAAAGUGUUAAUCUACAUAUUUAUAUUUUUGUAAUUAAAAGGCCAUACAGAUACGUCUUCAGCUGGCCGUAUACCUAGUGUAAUUUAUAACCUAAACUCCAGAAAACGUAUAGAAAGGUGAUUUUUUUAUAGUUACCGUGGUGUUUCAAUUGACACACAGGAAAGCUAAACUCACAUUGACUUUAUGUGUAAGUGCUUAGAAUCAGUUUGAAUAACAUACUGUUUAUAGAGGAAAUAGUUCAGGCAAAGAUAAACUCAUCAUAUCCGUUAUCACUAAAACAUCUGUUUGUUAAGUUUUUCAUUAGGUGGAUGCGUGGAACCUGCAUCAUGUGUCCUCCACAAAAGGUCAAAGGAGAAGACAAGACAUUUGUGUUCAGCUUCUUUAAUGAUAUAGCCCAAGUUCCCCAGAUAAAAGAACAAGCUGUCAUUCUUUCGCAGAAUAUCCACCAUGUGUUAACCUCUAUCACUAAACAAGUAAACAAGUGGAAGAAGUACAUGCAUAGGUGCAAAUUUGACAAUGACCUAUAUGUGAAGAAAUCUGUGGCAGAUCUGCUAUCUCACUUGGCUUAUAAUGACAAGAUGCAGUUGUACUCCAAUAUCAUUCAAGAGGUUGACCACCUGCCUCUGAUGAAUAUGGUGCUGUGUGUUCAACUAAAUAUGGAGACUGCUGUUCAGACGUUUCGGGAGAAGGCAAAAGAGUGCAUCCAGGUUUUGGGAAAGCAGUUAAUCAUAUCUGUCAUGGAGGAUCUUCAUAAACUGGAAGCAAAACUGCAAGUAUGCUUUGAAAUUCUAAAGGAAAAAGAAAAUUCUAUUAGCAUUUCAAUGUAUGAAGCCAUAUACUAGUUCAAUUGUUGUAUUUCCUCAAUAUUUCAUACAUUUUCUUUUGCAAAACAAUCCUGUCAACCAGUCUUUACAGAUCACAAACAACAUUAAAUAGUCAAUGAAUGUCACUUGAGCAGCACAUAACUGUACAUCUGCUCUGUCCUAGCAAAGGCUAGAGUUACAUUUUGGUUUAUUGAACAUAAGGAAUACUGUAAAUACAUGCAGAAUGCGAUGCCAAUAUCACUUUAAGACACCCAAACAAACACUCAGCUAUGCAGAUUCUCUGAAUGUGAGAAUAUUUAAAGGCGUGUCAUCAUAAAUCUAGAUGAAUAUACAGACUCCACACAUAAGACAUCUCAGCUUUUAAUGAAACACAGGGUCAAAGGACUGA